CAGAAUACUCUUGGCAAUGGACCGGCAAUCGGCGCCGCAGUGCAAACAAAGCAACCGGUAAAGCAACAUUCGCGAGCCGGCCUCCGCCGAGAUCGCUGAGAUGUGGACCCGCAGCUUGAAGUGUUCUCCGGUGGUGCUUUUCGCGUGCGCGUUUCUCGCCGGCUCAGGUACUGUAUUAGUACAAAAUGGAGUCGGUGCAUCUGCGUUAAGUAGCGAUAGUGCGCUUGAACACGCUGAAAAUAUUCCUGACGCGCAUGAUAGACACAAGGGAAUUCGCAGCUACGACAGCACCGGUUUUCCCCACGACAACGACGCUAACCGUGAUGUGAAAUCUUACGGCACACCUUCGGGACACGGCGCCAGUCAUGAUCAUGGAAUAAAAGACGGAGGUCACGGCUAUAAUAAGAACGGUGAUGCCUGCUCUAAAUGCAAAUGGGAGAACGACGAUUGGGAACAGGAUGAGCCGGAGGAGGAGGGGGACGAGAACGAUGGGGCUGAAUGCGAUGAUGGUCAAUAUAGGCCCGAGCACCAUGGUCCUGGUGGAGGACACAAAUCAAGACCACAUCCAUCCGGAGUGUACAAGACUGGACCUACGGGUGGGUCUUACGGUGAUGGAGCUGGUAGCCUUGACAGUCCUUUAGGCGGUGUCAAUUAUCCAUCAGGCCCAGGACAUACGAGACCAAUCAAUGAUUAUGUAACCACGCCAAAAUCUGUCGCCGGCUGGAGUACUCCAUUCGCUGAUGCAUCAAAGCCUGGACAUGGUGGUGUAAACACAGCUACCUUUGGCACAACACCGAGCUCUUGGCCCGGCUGGAACAAAGGGACAGCACCAGGUGGUACUGGUCCUCCAAAGCCUACUUGGAGCGGCGGCAGAUUUCCUUCUUCGCAGAAACCAGGUUCAUCUGUUCCAAAUUUUGAUGCAACUUCAAAACCUGGACAAGAAUGGAAUCAAUACCCAAGUGGUCCUUCUUCCGCGGUACCACAUACAGGAAGUGGUGUACUUCCUCCAAAUAAUUAUGGAAAUCCACAGGAAAAUCAAAACAGACCUUAUGGUCAACCUGUACCACAUUUAGAAAGCAAUUUAUCUCCUCCAAAUUAUGGAAAUCCACAGGAAAGUCAGAAGAGGCCAUAUGGCCAACCUGCACCACAUACAGGUAGUGGUAUAUCUCCUCCAGGUAGUUACGGAAAUCCACAGGAAAAUCAAAACAGGCCUUAUGGCCAACCUUCACCACAUUCAGGAAGUGGUGUAUCUCCAUCAAGUUAUGGAAAUCCACAGGAAAGUCAGAAUAAACCUUAUGGCCAACCUGCACCGCAUUCAGGAAGUAAUGUAUCUCCUCCAAGUUAUGGAAAUCCACAGGACAGUCAGAACAGGCCUUAUGGCCAACCUGUACCACAUGCAGGAAGUAGUGCAUUCCCUCCAGGUAGUUAUGGAAGUCCACAAGAUAAUAAAAACAGGCCUUAUGGACAAUCUGUGCCACAUCCAGGAAGUGGUGCAUCUCCUCCAAGUUAUGGAAAUCCACAGGGAAAUCAGAAUAGACCUUAUGGCCAACCUGUACCACAAUCUACAUAUGCAGGAGCUUUUGCUGGAGCAAGUGUAACAUCUGGUAUUGGAAGUCCUUCUGGAGUACCCAGCUUUGGGAGAAAAGAGCCAGUAAGCAGCCAGUCACCAAAUAGGCCGUAUAGUGGGACAAAUCAAGCACCUAACACAGAUAGCGAUUAUUAUGGUCAAGGAGGUUAUAACAAACCUGAACCUGGUUCUCAAAGUACAUCGCCUGCAACAAAUACUUUUGGAACUACAAAAGGACCGUAUGGAGGAAUUGGUUCACCUACAUCUGUUCCUGGAACUCAAAGUUAUCCAUCCGCUCCUUAUGAUGGAAGCUCCAGGCCAAAUGCUGGGUUUCCAAAUACUGGAUUCGGAACAACUAAGACUCCGUUUAGUCACAUUAGCACUCCAGGUUCUACGUUAACCACGCCAUACGAUAGAACAGGACCAAAACAGCCUAAUUUUAAUUUUGCGAGUAGUAGCGCAACUGCAAACGCUGGUGCAAGUGCGUUUGCUGGCACAUACAGCAAUCCCAGUAUAACAGGAACACCAUCGUUAUAUGGUACAACACCAACGCAUACAGGAGGUUCAAAUUAUACUCCCGGAGUCAAAGGUUCUGUUGGAAACAGACCUGUUUAUGGAAAUGCCCCUCAUGGUACACAUCCUAAUAUUGGAAGUGGUACUUGGCCUAGCGGACAACCCGGAAGCAAUACUGGACCUUGGUCUAGUGGUAGACCUGGAAGUGGAAUUUCGCCUAAUAGACCUUCUCCAGGCACUAGCGGAAUUUUGCCUGGUAAACAACCGCAAGGCGGAAGUGGAACUUGGCCUGGCCAAGGACAACCUGGACAUCCUGGAAGCGGACCUGGAUGCCCAGGUGGAAAUUGCGGAGGCGCGACUCCUCAAGCAGGUAGCAAUUGCGAAGGAUGUUGCGGAAAUUAUAAUUGCGACAGUCUUUGUAAUGGAGGGGGCAAUGUACCAGCAACACACGGAUUGUGUAGUGGAACAGGCCCUAGUGGCGUUAAUAAAACAUAUUAUCCCGUUGGAACUGGCGAUGGCAAUGUUCCAACUGUUGGAACUAUAUAUGGACCAGAUUCACGUCCUAACAUCGGAGCCGGCGCAGGUGCUCCGGGAAAUCAGUUAUGGAAUCCAGGAAAUCCAUUUUUAUUUGGAAGCAGUACUCCAAACAGUGUUUCUCAUCAUCCCUGGACUCCGACUACAGAGAAACCAAUCGGCGAAGGAAAUGUUUUUCUCGACUCAAAUUGGAAUAAACCUAAGCCUGGAUAUACUAGCGCAGACAAUGACAAAAAUGUAAUUCCUCACGGAGGAAAUAAUAAGCCUAUAGGUCAAGGAAACGUUUUUCUAGAUGGUAAUAGAGGAAACAAUGCUAAUCCUAACGAAGGUGUGAUUCCACUCGAAGAAAAGAUGCCAGGAAAAAAUAAUCCCUUCCUUAAACCUUUGACUAAUUCAGGCGGUCCGUCAUACCCAGACAGAUCGGGAACACCAGGAAAUUAUCCUGGCUCGGGAACACCGGGAAGUUAUCCUGGACAGGGAACACCAGGAAGUUAUCCUGGACAAGGAACACCAGGAAGUUAUCCUGGAUUGGAAACGCCGGGAGGUAGUCCUGGACAGGGAACACCAGGAAAUUAUCCUGGACAGGGAACACCAGGAAGUUAUCCUGGAUCAGGAACACCAGGAAGUUAUCCUGGACAGGGAACACCAGGAAGUUAUCCUGGAUCAGGAACACCAGGAAGUUAUCCUGGACAGGGAACACCAGGAAGUUAUCCUGGAUCGGGAACACCAGGAAAUUAUCCUGGAUCGGGAACACCGGGAAAUUAUCCUGAAUCACCAGGAUCACCAGGAGGUGGUAGUUACGGAGGUGUGAAAAACGGUUUUCCUUCUGGCGACGCUUCACUGCAAGAUAAAAAUAGACUUUAUCCUACAGGAAGCAGUCCUCAGGGUACUGGUACAUUAGAAUGUAAACUAGGACUGUUUGGUUGUGGGACACCUGGUAGCGGAAGCUAUGUAAAUAAUAAAUAUCCAGGAGGAGCGGUCGGUGGAAAUGCUGGAGCAGUUACUGGAAAUCUAGGUGGCAAUGUUCCUGGUGGGUCUGGAAAUCUUAAUCCUGUGCCUGGCCAAUUUACUGCCGGCGGUAAUCCCGGAUCAGGAGGAAACAAUUUUGCGGCGUCCGUUAGCGGUGCUCAGGCGAGAGCUUAUUCUGGAGCCUUUAGCUCCGCUCAAGCUUCUAGCUCCAGUUCUGCCAGUUCUUUCUCUGGCGCGUCAGGACUUGCUAAUAAUUUGGGCGGAAAUAUGUAUCCUAAUGGAGCACAAAAUCAAGGCGGAUCUAAUUCCUGGGCUUCUAGCGGUGCCUCUGCGUUUGCCAGUAGUAGCGCCGGAAGUUGGGCAGGAAAUAGCCCUACCAACGUCAAGGGUUAAUCAUUUUUCGAAGAUGAAUAUUAAAGUAUAAUAAAUGCAAACAACGACGUAAUUUUGAAAUAUAAUACACAUUUGACGUCGCCAUUUAAUCAUUAAAAUACUUAAUGUUUCUCAUGUAAAGCUUUAUAUAUAUAAAGAGAUUUUAUAUUUA